GCACUGAAUGUUGUGUCUCCAAGCCCCGGAGUAUUGAAUGGCAGAAGAGUUGGAGGAACAGUGGGCACGGUUUUCCCUUAUAGAAGGGGAACAAGAGGGGAUCACAGUGAAGGAGGAGGAUGUUGAGAAUUUGGUGAAAAUAGGGGAACGAUGUUUAGUAGGGCGUAUAGUUGCAGAGAAGUCCAUUAACAGGGAGGCUUUUCGAUCUCUGAUGACAACCCUGUGGAGGGUCAAGGGAGGAGCAUCCUUCAAGGAGUUACAAGAGAAUCUCUGGCUGAUUGAAUUUUCUGAUGGGAGAGACAAGCAACAGAUCCACAACAUGCCAUUGGUGUGUAUGAACAACGAGGUGGGGUUCAAUAUUGGAGCGUCGUUGGGGGAGGUGGAGGCGGUGGAAGCGAACGGCGACGGAAUAGGUUGGGGUAAAUACCUUCAUAUCAAAGUGUCGAUUGAUCUACAAAAACCAUUGGAACGAGGCAGAGCUCUAAAAUUCAGGGGGAAGUCUACCUGGGUCUCUUUCAAAUAUGAGAAACUUCCUAAAUUCUGCUUUGAAUGUGGCAGAAUCUGUCACGGAGACGGGGGCUGCACGGCGGAAUUGGAUGACGGGGUGAGAGACAAGCCGUACGGAACAUGGUUACGUGCAGAAUAUGCAAACCGUUCAGUGGGGGGAUUUUACGGUGGGAAGACCUCCACCGCCAAGGCAGCGCCGAUGAUGAAAAUCAGCCCCAAUACGCCGGCGGCGCUGGAGGGGAUAGGUCUCAGCACCGGAAUACAUGGAAGUAACGGCUCCGGCUUAAGCGCAGCAGCCACAAUUCCGGAAGGUGGAGAUUCCUCUGCAAAUCUUUACGGUAACGGCCCAACCAUUAAUGCACCAUUAUUUCCGGGAUGUGUCUCUCCCGGGAAUGAUCGGGUUGCUGAAACAGAAAAAAAUGGAGAUAUAGGAGAGAUUCUGGGCAUUACGUAUGUUGAGGAUUUUAUGGUAGAAGAUAUUAUUCAGAGUGAUUUAAGGGGCCUAUUAAAUGAGUGAGAAAUGCUAAGCAGUAAGCAACCUGAGAAGGGAGAACACCCAUAGAACAUCAAAAGAGACUUUAGCAUUUUCCAAUACUUUUUUCCAAAUUCUUUUUUUCAAAUGAUGUGAUCCGUUCAAAGAAUAACUAGGUUUAGAUUAGUUUUUUUUUUUUCUUAAAUGAAACUUGGGUCUUGAUCAUUUGGAAAAGAAAAUUCAGAAAAAAGUAUUGGGUCUUUAGCGACUUACAUGGUUAAAAAUAGUCUCAAUCAUGUGUUGUCUGUCACAUUCAUAGAGAGGCUAAAGAAGCCGCUCAUAGGUUAGCGAUAGCAGCUCUCCAUCAGUACGUCAACCAAGUGUGAU